AUGCACGCGACCCAGCAGCUGGCGCCGACGUUCGAUAGCUCCCCCGCUGUGCAAGCAUGCCACGAAAACGCCCGGGGCCUCUCGGCGCUGCCGCCUACAGAACAGCAAAUCUUAUUGUAUCAGGCGCCCGCGGAGGCGCGCGCGCACUUUGUCAAAAGGGUCCGAGUUCCUCCACUGGCGAACCGCAGGGCUUUUCUGCUCCCACCAUUGAGCCGCAUCAGUCUAAAGCUAGCAGCCCGGCUCACCACGUGCACGCAGCAUACGUGCACCUGGGACCACCACAAGGUUUCGGAAGCCUUCAAUGCUGACAAUGUUCAUUAUCUGUACUUGGGUUUCCUAUGGACAGCAGCCACGAUGAGACAACGUGCUGCGCUUGCCUCGCGCCAUAGCGCGGGCCGCGCUCAGCGCCAAAGUCAAUGUGGAUAUUCGGGUGUGAGUCGGGGCUACCACUUCAUGGGGGACGGGCGCAGAUGGAAGUGGAUGCGGCUGUCUCAGUUUCUGCUGUUUACCACGUUGUCUGCAAUUUUCAACGGCGCAAGGAUUCCCCACGCAAGUCUCACCCAAGGCAGCGAGGAGCUAGAAGAUGUUGCCAGUACCUUUGUGGAAACGUCCUCAGGAAGAAACGGAGGAAUAGAUUCUCUUACCAACACCGCGAUCAGCUUUUCGAGCGAAGCUUUGCUGAAGGAUGUAACCGGCACCUCGGAACGUCCUUGCACAGAAGACACUCCGGAGAAUCCAGACAGCCCGGAUCCUCUCCGACCAGCCGGGUCACUUGAUUCCCCCCAAAGUCUGUACUCUUCUUUCCAUCAUUUUUCCCCGUUUCGUAUCCCGUCUCCUGUUUCGGAAACCGUCCUGCACGAGCAAGAAGAGGUUCACGGAGGAAAAAGUCCCGCAGCCGCUCCUUCGGCGUCGCCUCUAUCGAACUGGGGCGAAGCAGCGUUGGAGGCGAGUUCACCUGUUGCGGAAACGGCCGCGAUAGCCGAACGCGUUCCGAGGGAAGUACCUGCACCAACUUCUGAGGAGGAAGCAGGCGUUGCAGCUCUGUUUCUUUCAGGGUACGGAUCGAAAUCUAAAGCCUUCGACCGUGGCGGACUUGACGCCAAGGAACUGUACUCAGCUAAAGCUGAGAAAGCACAUGUUUUGUGCCAUCCCGUUGCUGAUGAUUCCAGUGAUCCCGCCGCAGAGGUCACAAGCAGCGGAGCCCUUUCCUGUUUUGGGAGGCCAUCUGCGACUCGUGAGAAAAGCACCUCUCCACAUACUGAACCCCCCACCCAGCUGUUCUCGUCGCCUGUUCCUACUUCUAGAGAAGACGCGGGUGGGGGAGGCACGGCAGAAGCCACUGUGCGCGGUGUAGGGCAAAGCGGAACAAGCUCAGGCUCAGGUGAUGCGGCCGUUACUGAUUUGAAAUCAUUGUUUUUGGCAGGUGCCCCUCUUGUCCAAGGGCUCCGAGAGACACUACGUAGGCGCCCCCAGCACGAGGAUGGCGCGGACACAAGAAGGCUCGGCAGUCACACGCGGGUUCAAGACGACGCAGACGGCGGAUCAGAUGAAGGCGUAGGUUUACAGGGUACGCAAGAAGUUCCUUCACCGUUUGCCACCCUAUUCCUGCACAUCCAGGAGCGCAGCGCUUCGCCCGCCGGCUCCUUCAGCUGGCAGGACGCCAGAGACAUACGGAAUUUUUCAAGUCGCCGUGGCCGGGUCGUUUCUCGAGAGGACGACGCACCGUCGCCAGAGGGAAGUCCCGUGUCGCCGGGGGUGCAACGGGAACGGCUUAUACGCCUUCACAGUUUCUAUGGAAUUCGCAGCCCUGCCUGA